AUGUCUCGCAAUUAUGAGGCUGCCAUCGCGGCUCUGAACUCUUUGCAAUCCAACUUUGCGACCGUCAAACUACUGAAUGUGCCGGAGACGAGGAAGGCUAUGAACCUACAGUCCCUUCCGGAGACAAUCGAAUGGUUUCGACGCAUCGGAUAUCAGCCUUCUGAUUUAAAUCGCCUUAAUCCUAUCCAUGUUGCCGGAACAAAAGGCAAAGGAUCUACGUCGGCAUUUAUUGCUUCCAUUCUCUCUCAGUACACGGGGUCGCAAUCGUCCGGACCAGACUCCCCACAGCUACAGAAAGUCGGCCUAUAUACCUCCCCGCAUUUGCGCUUCGCCCGAGAACGCAUUCAGAUCGAUAACGAGCCGAUUUCCGAAGAAAAAUUUGCCAGGUAUUUCUUCGAAGUAUGGGACCGCCUCGAGGCGGCCGCCCAAGCUGCCGGUGAAGACCCUACGAGCUCGCCAACCAAACCUCAAUACUUCCGAUAUCUCACACUCAUGGCUUUCCAUGCGUACCUGAGCGAAGGGGUCAAUGCUGCGGUGAUCGAGUGUGGGAUUGGCGGGGAAUAUGAUUGUACCAACAUUAUCGAGCGACCGGCUACGUCUGCAAUCACCAGCUUGGGUAUUGACCACACGAAUAUGCUUGGAAACACGAUAGAGGAGAUCGCAUGGCAUAAAGGUGGUAUUAUCAAACCAGGGACUAAGACUUUUAGCACCCCCCAACAGCCCAGCGCAGAGAAAGUUCUCUUCGAUCGUGCAGCGGAAAAAGGAACGCAACUGGAAAUUGUGGCGAACCAUCCUGAUCUGACUAGCAAUGGCGGCGUGAAGCUUGGGUUGGCGGGUGACUUUCAGUAUGCAAACGCAUCGCUGGCUGCUGCAACAGCUGCAGAGUUUCUCAAGAAGGUUGGAAUCGAGGAUGUCACUCAGGAUUAUCUGCAGAAGCCUUUACCAGCCAAGAUUCGUAAGGGCUUAGAAUUAGCUCGGCUAGGAGGUCGAUGCGAAACCAGGCACGAGAAGAACAUUUCUUGGUACGUCGAUGGGGGCCAUACGCUCGAGAGUAUCAAGCUGGCUGGCCAAUGGUUUGCUUCCCAGAUUCAGGCCAACUCCUCGUCGACUGACGCAGCGAGCAAGAAGCUGCGGGUUUUGAUUUUCAACCAACAGACUCGCGACAGCAAUGCCCUUGCCCAAGCGUUGUACGACACUCUGGUCGGACCUCUUGGGUCUGAGCAACCUUUUACGCACGCCAUAUUCUGCACUAAUGUGACCUACAAGGAUGCCGGAUACCGACCCGACCUUGUCAGCAUGAACACCAAUGCGUCGGAUGUGGACAACCUGCAGGUUCAAAAGAGUCUUGCGGAGAAGUGGAGUGCCAUCGAUCCUCAAGCGGAGGUCAAAGUUUACGGCACCAUCGAAGAAGCUGUGGACUUUACUCGACAGUUGGCAGCAGAGGAAAAAGAUCGUGCCGGCAGCGACGAGGCUCCUGUGAUGACCUUUGUCACCGGCAGUUUGCACCUGGUCGGAGGCUUCCUCGACGUGAUUGAAACCAAACCCAGCCAGCAGUAA